AUGAAUAUACGUGAAGAUGUUGUUGUCACUUAUCUGAAAACUCAUCCAAAAUUCUUAGAAAGCUACGUUACCGGACCAAAUGUUACACGUGUAACAUUCCAACGAUGGAUUGCCAAACGUUCGUUGAACAAGUAUUCCAGUAAACUGCCAAUCAGUGUUAAUAAUAAUAAAUGGCUGGCUUCCGACUUGAGCAGUCGACGAAAGUUGCUAAUGAAAGGUCGGCUAAGCAUCGAAGAGUUGUUACUGGAACUGGCUGAAGCUUGUUCACAGUUGGUUUCUGCGGAUCAUUAUGAUGUACAGAUUGUCAAAGAUUCGCAGGCAAUGUUUGUGCUGAAACAUGACAACGAAAUUCGGCUAAAAAAAACUAGUCGUAUACGAAAAAAUGUUUUUUACACUGAAAUACUUUACAAUGCCAGUGGAACUCAGCUUGGAAUGAUCAAUUUGUAUGGAAGUCUUAGCGAUCGUGAUGUUAGUGCAGUCAAAGUUUUAUGCACUUGGGGAUCUGCUCUCAUACAUUUUGUACAGGAUAUUGUUAGCAUGGAUAAAGUUAUCAUAAAAAUUAUGAAUUUCGCUCAACGAUUGACGAAUGCUGAUCGAGCAUCGUUGUUUCUUGUAGAUCAUAAAAAUAAUGAACUGUAUGCAAGAAUAUUCGACGUUGGUACCAGCAAAGAGCACGAUGGAAUUGCUGGUUAUGUGGCUACUACAGGUCAUAAAUUGAAUAUACCAGAUGCCUAUGAAGAUGAAAGGUUUAAUAAAGAAAUUGAUAAAAAAACUGGAUAUCAGACACGUACAAUUCUCUGUAUGCCAAUAUUUAUCCGAGGAGUUGUGAUCGGUGUGGUACAAAUGGUCAACAAAAUCAGUGGCCGAUUUACUGAACAAGACGAAAGUGCCUUUGAAACAUUUGCCGUUUACUGCGGUUUGGCAUUACAUCACGCAAAAUUAUACGACAGGAUAAAACGUUCCGAACAAAAGUAUCGUGUCGCACUUGAAGUACUGGCUUAUCACAGUGUUUGUAACAAAGACGAAGUGAACAGACUUAAAAGUAUCAAGCUAAAAGACUGUAUUGAAGAACUCGAUUUACUUGAAUUCAGUGGCCUGAAGUUAAGUGAAAUUGAAAAACCGCUUUAUGCUGUUUACAUGUUCGAAACACUAUUCAAAAGUAUUAUUCGUUAUGACAAAGAUGACCUCAUCCGUUUUGUACUUACGGUACGAAAAAAUUACCGUCGAGUAGCAUACCACAACUGGAUGCAUGGUUGGACGGUGGCACAAGCUAUGUUUGCACUACUUCGAGCUACAUCCUAUUUUUCUCCAUUGGAAUCUUUGGCCAUGUAUACGGCAUGUUUAUGUCAUGAUCUUGACCACCGUGGUAAAAAUAAUGCCUAUAUGAAAUCAAUGAGUACACCACUUGCUGCGAUCUAUUCGACAUCAGUGAUGGAACAUCAUCAUUUCAAUCAAACUGUCACCAUUCUACAACAAGAAGGUCAUAACAUAUUAAAGUCGCUGUCAUCUGAAGACUACAAAUACGUUCUCCGGUUAAUCAAACAGUGCAUUUUAGCCACAGAUUUAGCCUUAUUUUUUCCAAACAGAGCAAAAUUAAAUGCUUUGGUUGUUGAAGGAAAAUUUACUUGGGAAGACGAAGCUCACAGGGCACUAGUCAGAGCGGUUGUUAUGACCGGUUGUGACCUUGUAGCAGCAGCUAAACCCUGGAUGACCCAAGCUGAAACAGUCAAAGUCAUUUAUGGCGAAUUUUACGACCAGGGAGACGCAGAAAGAAUGAACGGACUUGAGCCUAUUCCAAUGAUGGAUCGGCGACGAGCCAACGAACUACCUCAAGCUCAAGUGGGUUUCAUGGAAGGCAUCUGUAUACCGUGCUACGAACUGCUGGCUAAAGUUAUUCCAGAAAGUGAACCGUUUUAUCAACGAGCCAAAGAGAAUACCAAAAGAUGGAAAGAAAUUGCAGCUGAGCAAAAAGAAAAAUACGAAAACAAAGAGGAGAAGUAA